ACGUCUCGCGAGAAACAAUGAGAGUUUACGCUCUUGGUCCCACAGAAAGGAAGGAACAAAUGACUUUUGGAGGAGUCUUCUCAAACAAAAAUGGCUCCAACUUCUUCUCUUGUGGUUGUUUGUUCAGACUCGUAUAAUCAGAGCAUCCUGAGGAACCUCGACAGGCUCAGGAAAGGAGACCUACUGUGUGACAUCACUCUUGUUGUGGAGAACGUGCACUUCAAGGCACACAAAGCCCUGCUGGCAGCGAGCAGCGCAUACUUCUCCAACAUGCUGACGGCAGAAGACCAGAUCCAUCAGUCAAAGUACCAGCUGGAUGGGAUGACUGCUCUGAUCUUUGCCACCGUGCUGGAGUUCAUCUACACCGCCCGAGUGUUGGUGGAGAAGGACGCCACGGAGAAGCUCCUGGCUGCAGCUCGUCUCAUGGAGGUCAGUGAGCUGGUCAAAGUGCUCACAGAACUCACGAGUUCUGCAGGAAGCAAAUGGGACAUCAUGGAAACAGACAAAGCUGAGGUGCCAGAUCUGCUGAAACGCAAAAGAGGACGACCGAAGAAAGACACACGCGCACCCUGUGGGAGUUCAGACAACAGGCAGGCUGGAGAUGGAGAAGCAGGAAGUUCUAAAGACGGGGGGGAUUGUAACCUUGGAGCUGAGCAGAGACGUCACAGCAAACGCAAAAUCAGAACUCCAGUCAAAUAUAAGGGCUACAAAAUUGACCCUGAUGCUGCGGGAAGCAGCGAGCCUGAAAAAAGGGACUGCAGGAGAAAGUACCCCAACACCGAGGCACAGUGUGAGGACUGUGGGAAAGUAUUCAAACACCACCUGUUCUUAAAGAUUCAUCAAAGGACUCACACCGGAGAGAAACCCUUCUGCUGCUUUGUUUGUGAGAAAACCUUCACUCAGAAGCACACACUGCUGGCUCACCAGCGCAUACACACAGGAGAAAAGCCAUUUGUUUGCACCGUCUGCUCCAAAGCACUUUCCACCAGAAGCUCCCUGCAGGAGCACAUGAACCUCCAUGACGAGAAAGUCUUUGAGUGUGACAGAUGUGGAAAGAGUUUUAAUCAGAAGAGGCAGCUUCAGAGUCAUUACAGAGUUCAUACAGGUAAAUCUUUACCGGAGUGUGCCGAGUGUCAUCAUAAAUUUAUGGAUGCAGCUCAACUCAAGAAGCACCUCAGAACUCAUACAGGGGAGAAACCGUUCACCUGUGAGAUCUGUGGGAAAUGUUUCACAGCUAAAAGCACGCUGCAGAUCCACAUCAAAAUUCACCGGUGA